AUGGAAGGACAUCAUCCUGGCAGUGGUGGUAAACAAAUGAGGAACAAACCGUUCCCUCCCAGCACCACUGCCACCAUGCCUAUACAUAAAAUGACACACAUGCACCCAGUCGAGAAGCCAUUUUACGGGAACGCAUGUGUUGCCAAGCAGUUUGCACCCAGUUGUGGAAUGCACCUGAACCAUAUGCAUACAGCUGCAGCAGGAAAGCCCUACCCAUGGGACUUUUAUGGCAAGCCGCUCUCAUUUGGGAAAGCACUAUCCCAACCCCAUCUCCCAAUAUCUCCUCCAACGGCUGCCUUACACUCUCCACCACCUUUACCACUUCCACCUCCUCCGACAUCGGUAACACCAACAUUGUCAAAUCAGAAAAAGCCAUUGCCUUCGUCUUCAUCCUCUAUCACUGCCCCUUCAUCUGCGUCUCCUCUCAGUCUCGGUCAUCAGCAGGGCAAACCAUUUCACUGUGAGGUGUGCCCACCAGCAUCUCCCUCUCCACACACGCUUACCCAGCAACACCACUUCCCCCAUCAUCAUCAUCAUCAGCAGCAACAGCAACCACAACAGCCACAACCGCCACCCCCACCGCCUCCUCCACCACCACCACCACCCCAACCACAACAGCAACACCCGCAUCCAUCGCCACAUCCGCAUGAGAAGAGCCCAAAUUUUCAUUGCAAUGUUUGUCCUCCCUUGUUACUGCCCCCACUUCCACCACCCCCACCACCCCCACCACCUCCUUCUACAGUUGCCUCUUCCACCUCACCACCGUCUGUACAUCCCAUGUCCCAUGGACAGCCAUGCAAUGUUUGUCCUCCAACACCACUCAGCCCAGCUUCGCUAUCCUCACCCCCACCCCAUAGCAUGCCUCCUCCGCCGCCACUCCCACUUCCACAGCCCCACCACCACCAUCACCGGCCACAGUUACACCAUCAUCAUCACCACCACCACCAUCAUCAAACCUCAACGCAGCAGCAACCACAGGAGUCACAGCAACCAACACCUGUUCCUACCCCCAUGACUGCAAAUCCAGCCCCACCCCAAGAAAAGCCCUAUCGGUGUGACGUUUGCCCACAUCAGUUUGCCCGGCGUGACGCCCUGCAGUGUCACAAGCGAACGCACACAGGCGAGAAGCCGUUCCGUUGUGACGUGUGCAGCGGCCAGUUCGCUCGCCGGGAUACGCUGCAGUGCCACAAGCGGACGCACACAGGGGAGAAGCCCUACCAGUGUGAUGUGUGUCCAAAGAAGUUCGCCCGCCGCGACAAGCUGCAGUGUCACAAACGGACCCACUCUGGUGAGAAACCCUACCACUGUGACCUGUGCAGUAGCCAGUUUGCUCGUCGUGACACCCUUCUGUGCCACAAACGGACGCACACUGGCCUGAAGCCCUUUGCCUGUGACCUGUGUCCAAAGAAGUUUGCUCGCUCGGACCAGUUGACGUGUCACAAACGGACACACUCUGGCAUCAAACCGUUCCAGUGCGAUCUCUGUCAACGGCAGUUUGCCCAGCGGGAUAAACUGGUAUGCCACAAGCGGACCCAUUCUGGCGAGAGACCUUUCGAGUGCACUGUAUGUGGCCGCCGGUUUGCCCGCCGGGAUACGCUGCAGUGUCACAAGCGGACACACACCGGAGACAAACCCUACCAAUGUGACCUCUGCAUACAGCGGUUUGCACGCCGUGACACACUUCAGUGUCAUCGGAGAACGCACUCCGGGGAGAAGCCAUUCAGCUGCGAGUUCUGCGGAAAGCUUUUUGCACGGACAGACAAACUCCAGCGCCACAGACGAACCCAUGCAAGACAUUCUCAGCAUGCCCACGUGCCCCAUUCAAGUGCUGCUCCAACAGUGACACCUCCAAGUGGGCCCACCUUAUCAAUGGCCGUGCCUCCCCCACCAGGCCCCUUUGUUGUUGAGAGAACCGCUUCUCUCUUCUUUUACAUCCCAUGUUUUUUAUUUAUGAAAUUAGGAACCAGUUGGCUUCUCUUUUUUCUUCUUUUUCUUUUCUUUAUUCCUUUUUCUUCUUUUUCUUUUCUUUAUUCCUUUUUCUUCUUUUUCUUUUCUUUAUUCCUUUUUCUUCUUUUUCUUUUCUUUUUUCUCUUUUCUUUUUCCUUUUUCUCUUUUCUUUUUCCUUUUUCUCUUUUCUUUUUCCCUUUUCUUUUUCCUUUUUCUCUUUUCUUUUUCCUUUUUCUCUUUUCUCUUUUCUUUUUUCUCUUUUUUUCUUUUCUUUUUUCUCUUUUUUUUUUUUCUUUUUUCUCUUUUUUUCUUUUCUUUUUUCUCUUUUUUUCUUUUCUUUUUUCUCUUUUCUUUUUUUCUUUUCUUUUUUCUUCUUUUCUUUUUUUCUUUUCUUUUUUCUUCUUUUCUUUUUUUCUUUUCUUUUUUCUUCUUUUUUCUUUUCUUUUUUCUUCUUUUUUCUUUCUUUUCUUUUUACUCACAAUUUUUUUUUUAUCUAUAAAUUUAGGAACUGGUUUUCUCUCUCUCUCUCUCUCUUCUUUUUGUAAAACUUCCUAA